UGAGCGUUCAGGCACACCAGGCUCUAUCAUAAUCCACCAGUUGCGUCAGAUGCUUCUGGAAAGUGCCAAGCCCAGAUCCGACUGACUUUCCUCAGCAGUCAAGACCGAUCCUUGCUGGAUUGCGAUGGCGAUCGUAAUCAUUUAGACCUCAUCUCACCUUUACCAGCGUGAGUGUUCCGGCCAAACAAGCAUAGCCACCAUCUCUCUUUGAGGAGCCUCUUCCAGCUGCAACUGUCUACACCUCCGGCCCAUUAAUAGCGUCUCCCUUCGUGACGAUGGCAGAAGCCCAGAAGUGCGUCCACAAAGGAUGCGGAAAGGUGUUCACGGACCCGGACGAGGAAUGUGUAUAUCAUCCUGGCCCUCCAGAGUUCCAUGAAGGACAGAAAGGCUGGAUGUGCUGCAAGCCUCGCGUCCUCACCUUCGACGAGUUCCUCUCCAUCCCACCCUGCACGACGGGCAAGCACUCAACUGUCGAUGACACCCCCGCGCCCGCCCCGAAAGCUGAAGCCUUGAAGGCGUCAAACAUUGUCGCUGCCUCUCCCCUACCUGCUCCCGUGCCUAUUACUCGGCCCUUAGCAUCUAGUCUCGCAGCCGCGCAACAGCCCACACCCUCGGCGACACCGAAACCGGAACCACCAGAAGAUGAAUCCGACGACUCGGACGCUGAGUUUCCCCCUACGGCAACAUGUAAAAGGCGAGGUUGUGGAGAGUCAUGGGACAAGAAUAUUCCGCGUGACGAGGAGCAGUGUGUAUACCACCCAGGCGUGCCUCUUUUCCACGAAGGGAGCAAGGGCUGGACAUGUUGCAAGAGACGGGUCCUAGAGUUUGACGAGUUUAUGAAAAUCGAGGGCUGUAAAACCAAAUCAAGGCACUGCUAUGUAGGAAAGCCCAAGAAGAAAGAACGCACCACAAUUGACGGAGGAACGUCGGCCGACACCGAAGAGGAACUCCUGGAGAACGUCCGCAACGAUUUCUACCAGACACCCAACAGCGUCAUUGUCAGUUUCUACCUGAAGAAGAUCGACAAGGGCAAGGCCAAAGUCGACUUCAAGCACGAUGGCCUUUCGGUGGAUUUGGAUCUGCCCACGCAGGACGGAAAGAGAUAUACGAGGAAUAUCCCCUUCUUCGCCCAGAUUGAUCCGGAGAAGAGCCAGUUCAAGAUCAUGGGCACAAAGCUGGAAUUGAAUCUGGUGAAACAGGACGGGUCUAUCAGCUGGGCGACGCUGAGAAGCGAUGAGAAGGGAACUGGGGAAAGGAUUCAGCUGGGGAGGGCUGGCAGGCUGGAGCGCGGUUGAGGCACGACGGCAAUUUGGAUGAAACGAUGCUCUCGAUGGGUACGACGCAAAAAAGAUUACAAUUUACAAUGUCAAUGGUGACUAGUUUUACAUGAAUGAAACGGCCGAACGUGGAUGGAACGAAGGGGAAAGAUCAAUCAAAUGGCAUAGCGAGGCGCGAUGUCUGGUUUUGCACAUAUGUUGCGAGUAUAAAGUCCUUCAAACGAAACUUAUAGCUCUGGUAUGUGGGAAAAACUGUCUCAAGCCGAGAACCUCAGCUCCGGGGUAGGCAAGAAUGAUUGUACAACAAUGUAAUGUUCUGCGCGCAGGA